AUGAUUAUGGUGAAACAAUUGUUUGGAGAUUUAAAACAGUUGCGUGCAAACGGAACACCAAACGAGGUAAUAUUGUCCGGAAAGAAACUACCGCGGCCAAAGAUUGCAGUAGCGGUAAUCUGUAGGGAGUUGAGGGUAUCGUCGACUUCUUGGCCAAUUUUCCACAAAUUUUUGUUCACUCAUCGUUGGUUGCAUGUGUUUCGUCAUUUCCGUCAACUGUUUAACCAAUUACGCCAACAUCAACUCGCCGAGGUGAACGAAGAAUGGGAUGAAGCUAAUCGGCAAGUGACCUUGGCCAGUGCUCAUGGCAUUAGCUCAAAUGUGGCAGGCUUAGUUCAUAUGGUAUCACAAGGUCCGCAAUUCAUCGGCCAGGUGGCGCGUGUGACAAAUGAAGCUAGCGAGGCUCAGCAGCCCGUUUUCUUAGCCGGUCUCUUUAGUUUAGCUGUGUUGAGAGCCGCACGGAAGUUGGUUACCAAUGCACGCUUACGACAACCAGAACACGCAUUCGUUUCCUUUUUCUACUGCCAGCAAAGAGCUGUCUGA